GAUCCGGCCAGGCAGACAAAAGUUUGGAGAAGUUGGGUCGGUGCGAGUGAGAGCCAGGGGGGCGGGCCGGGUCGGGCCGGCGGGCGGUGGCGCGAGCGGACGCGUGGACAGACCUGAGGAGGACAGCCGCUACUGUGGGCCUUGCCAGCCGCGCGCGGACCCUCUCGCUGGGGCAUGCUUCGGGAUCGCGGGCGCCCGGCACCUGGGCCGCUCGCUGAGCCCCCGUGAGUGGCUUGCAUCCCAGGAAUCCGAGCCCCGGGGAACCCGAGCCCGGCCUCUGGCCGAAACACUGCAGCGUGCCGGGCAAGGAGGGGGCUGCAGGCCCCAGAUCCGCGGGCAUGGAGCGGUUAGGGGAGAAAGCCAGUCGUCUGCUAGAAAAGUUGAGACUCUCGGACUCCGGCAGCGCCAAGUUCGGCCGCAGAAAGGGCGAAGCGAGCCGGUCUGGGUCUGAUGGGACUCCCGGAGCGGGCAAGGGACGCCUGAGUGCGUUGGGGGGACCUAGGAAAUCAGGACACCGAGGAGCGAAUGGGGGGCCUGGGGACGAACCUUUGGAACCGGCCAGGGAGCAAGGGCCCCUGGACGCCGAGCGGAACGCACGCGGCUCCUUUGAAGCGCAGCGCUUCGAAGGGUCCUUUCCCGGGGGGCCGCCGCCCACUCGAGCCUUGCCUCUGCCUCUGUCGUCGCCUCCUGAUUUUCGGCUGGAGACCACGGCUCCAGCCCUUAGCCCUCGCUCCAGCUUCGCCAGUAGCUCGGCCAGCGAUGCAAGCAAGCCAUCCAGCCCCCGGGGCAGCCUGCUGCUGGACGGAGCGGGGGCCGGCGGAGCCGGAGGUAGCCGGCCGUGCAGCAAUCGGACCAGCGGCAUCAGCAUGGGCUACGACCAGCGCCACGGGAGCCCGCUGCCCGCGGGGCCCUGCCUGUUCGGCCUCCCCCUGACCACUGCUCCUGCGGGCUACUCCUCCGGAGGGGUUCCGUCCGCCUACCCGGAGCUCCACGCUGCCCUCGACCGACUAUGCGCCCAUCGGCCCGUGGGGUUCGGCUGCCAGGAGAGCCGUCACUCGUACCCCCCGGCCCUGGGCAGCCCGGGAGCUAUAACCGGAGCCGUGGUGGGAACAGCGGGUCCUUUGGAGAGACGUGGGGCGCAACCCGGACGACACUCGGUGACGGGCUACGGGGACUGCGCCGCGGGGGCCCGUUACCAGGACGAGCUAACAGCAUUGCUGCGCUUGACGGUGGCUACCGGUGGGCGAGAAGCCGGUGCCCGCGGGGAACCCUCGGGGAUUGAACCGUCGGGUCUGGAGGAGUCUCCUGGUCCCUUCGUUCCAGAGGCCUCCCGAUCCCGGAUACGGGAGCCAGAGGCCAGAGAAGAUUACUUUGGCACCUGUAUCAAGUGCAACAAAGGUAUCUAUGGGCAGAGCAAUGCCUGCCAGGCCCUGGACAGCCUCUACCACACCCAGUGCUUUGUCUGCUGCUCCUGUGGACGAACUUUGAGGUGCAAGGCUUUCUACAGCGUUAACGGCUCUGUCUACUGUGAGGAAGAUUAUCUGUUUUCAGGGUUUCAGGAGGCAGCUGAGAAGUGCUGUGUCUGUGGCCACUUGAUUCUAGAGAAGAUCCUGCAGGCCAUGGGGAAGUCCUAUCACCCGGGCUGCUUCCGAUGCAUCGUUUGUAACAAGUGUCUGGAUGGUGUCCCCUUCACUGUGGACUUCUCUAACCAGGUGUACUGUGUUACCGACUACCACAAAAAUUAUGCCCCGAAAUGUGCAGCCUGUGGACAGCCCAUCCUCCCCUCAGAGGGCUGUGAGGACAUUGUGAGGGUGAUAUCCAUGGACCGUGAUUACCACUUUGAGUGCUACCACUGUGAGGACUGCCGCAUGCAGCUGAGUGACGAGGAAGGUUGCUGCUGUUUCCCUCUUGACGGACAUUUGCUCUGCCACGGCUGUCACAUGCAACGCCUCAGUGCCCGACAGCCCCCUACCAACUAUAUCUGAGCUGUAGUUACUGCUGCCGCCACCACGGUUGAGAAACUCUCUGGCCAGCGGAGGCAAGGAGUGUACUCUGCAAUCCUUGUGACGAGGUCUCUGGGGAGGCCCCGAAGGCCAGAGACCCAAAGAUCCUAACAUUCCAAAUGGGCUGUGGAGGAGGAACUCUCUGGUUGCCGGGAGGGUUGAUUGGCCUUCUUUAAUGCGCAGCCUGUGCUACAGCAGCUUCGAUGUAGCACACAUGGGAGGGUUUCAGUACUUCCUGAACAUCAGAUUAUAAUGUAUUUUCCCAGUGUAUGUUUCUGUAUAAGUCAAACGAUGUUCCGGUGCUGGGUCACAUGAGAGGGCAUCACAGAAACCUGCCCCCAGUCUGUUGUACCCUAGGCAUGGGGUCAGCGGGGCCUUUCCCACAGUAUCCUAUCUUUGUCUGCGAGAAGGGCUGGAAGCCUUGGACUUCGUGGUGAGUCAUUUCUUGGCCGUCUCCCUAAGGACUAGAGAGCUCCCCGUCUGUCUGCUGGGACUGGGACCAGUUCUGGGAGGGCAGUGGGGGGAGACCUUACUGCCUGUGUUGCCUGUUUCUCAGGGACCUGGGGAGGCUAACUAGGGCCUGUCCCUGGUUGCUGUUUUGCUCUGCUGGGGGAAAUAAUGAGCAGGUUUCUGGGUGUGAAACUUGCCGCGUGAGUAGGAUGUCCCUGAAGCUUCAGGCUAGCCCCACUCCCCCGGUUUAAGUGCACUGAGCCCUGUAGCCCAGCAUAUGUGGAUACAUUGUAUCCAUGUGUGCCUGUGCACCUCCCUACCUACUCCUCUUUUCUCAGGUGACUUACAUUUAGUUCCCUAGCAGUAGCCUAUCUUUUUGAGACCCACUUUUUUAAAAGGAUCCUGCAUUGGAUCUGAUCUGUUACAACCCCACAACUCAAGGCUUUGGGAAAGCUGACGAGAAGAAAAAUUGGUUGACUUGGUUCUAGCCACUUGGCUGAAACUUGAAUUCACCUUAAGCCAGAUGUCUUAAAGCCAGGUCACUUGCUGGCUGGAAGUUAGGUUCAUUUGAUAACCAGGUUGCCAAGAGUUCCAGCCCCUAUUGAGUGUUCUUAUAGCUGCCUACAGGUUCUGUUCUUUUCAUUACACUAAACAUUCAAUGAUUUCUGCCUGUUCAUCGAGUAUUUCAGAGUUAUUAGCAACUACAUUUAUCAACUUUGUGGCACUUUGUGAUACAAAUGCUCCCUGCCUCCUUGGGUGUCUUCCUACGCCAUUACUUCUCUGACACUUAAGAAAGAAAAAGUUGAAAUUCUAGCAAUAAAUACAAUUGAUUCAGA